AUGGUUCCAUCGUUGGAACGAGGGAUAAGCAUUUCAGAUUCUUUCGAUUUCCAUAGAAUGUUCGAUUCCUCACCGGGAAAAGAACAAGAGCAAGAACAAUCUCGUUCCGUUGUAACUGAGAACGGAGUUCUUCAUCACGUAGAAUCAACCACGCAAGAAAGUCAAACUCAAGACAGUAUCGGUGAAUGUCCGGUGGAAAGUAGUCGCCCGAUGGCUUCCCGGCUGAUUUCCCGCAGACAAGAGAAACAACAAUCAGACACGGAGAUGAUGAAGGAUAGAUUCACAAAACUACUUCUAGGAGAAGAUAUGUCAGGUGGUGGUAAAGGUGUAUCAUCUGCUUUGGCACUAUCAAACGCCAUCACCAAUCUAGCCGCGUCAAUAUUUGGGGAACAGACAAAGUUGCAGCCGAUGGCAUCAGAUAGGCGAGCGAGGUGGAAGAAAGAGAUCGAUUGGUUGCUCUCUGUGACUGAUCACAUCGUCGAGUUUGUUCCAUCUCAACAGAUUAGUAAGGAUGGAGUCUGCACCGAGAUUAUGGUGACAAGACAAAGAUGUGAUCUUCUCAUGAACAUACCUGCCCUCCGAAAACUUGACGCCAUGCUCAUUGAUACAUUGGAUAAUUUUAGAGGACACAACGAGUUUUGGUAUGUAUCCAGAGACUCAGAAGAAGGUAAGCAAGCAAGGAAUGAUAGGACAAAGGACAAGUGGUGGCUCCCUCCGGUCAAAGUCCCUCCUAAUGGCUUAUCAGAAUCUUCCCGGAGAUUGCUUCUUUUUCAGAAGGAUUCAGUCGCACAAGUUCAAAAAGCUGCGAUGGCUAUUAAUGCACAGGUUCUGUCAGAAAUGAAUAUCCCUGAUAGCUAUGUUGAGUCUCUCCCAAAGAAUGGAAGAGCAAGCCUUGGAGAUUCGUUAUACAAGAGCAUAACAGAGGAGUGGUUUGAUCCAGAGCAGUUCUUGUCAACACUUGACUUAUCUACAGAGCACAAAGUGUUAGAUGUGAAGAACAGGAUCGAGGCCUCAAUUGUGAUAUGGAAAAGAAAACUUCAUCUAAAGGACAACAAAUCUUCUUGGGGAUCAGCUGUGAGCUUGGAGAAACGAGAGUUGUUCGAAGAUAGAGCUCAGACAAUCUUGGUUUUCCUCAAACAAAAGUUCCCUGGUCUUCCCCAAUCUUCACUCGACAUCUCCAAGAUUCAGUAUAACAAUGAUGUAGGACAUGCGGUUUUGGAGAGCUAUUCAAGGAUAUUAGAGAGCAGAGGUUAUACAGAAAUGUCAAGAAUCGAGGAUGUGCUUUACGCUGAUGCUUUAGCCCAAAAGCAGUGUACAUCCGAAGAAACAUCAGAUGGUGGGAGAAUAAUAACAGAUAUGGACUCAGAGCCGGCGAGAUCUUCCAACUACGCAGGAGAGGAAUCAGAGAAGCUUGACCCACAAAACUCGUCAAAGACAUUGUUUGAUUUUAUGGGCUGGAGUGGGCAGGCAGAGAAACCUCAAAAGUCUCCAAGAUUUACGCAAAAGAAAUUCUCAUAUCUGGAAAAGCUAGAGAACUUGAAUGGUUUUAGGAGCCCUAAAGAUAGGAACUGA